AACAGCAUACAAGCUUUAAUUGAAGAUAGUUUAGUUACAGUUUGGAAUUUACAAUGUUCUCACUCUCAUUCUAUGCGACCCUUGUGGGUUCUUCUUCUUCUUCUUGUUCAUUCCCUUGUUCCUCUUCCAAAACCACCAUUUUCAACAAAACCACACCCCCCACCACAAACACAACCAUUUCUACUACAUCCACAUCAGCCACAUCCAAACAUGUCUGGACCAGAAGAAUACCUCAUCCUCCAUUUUCCAACACCAACAAACAACAACAACAACAACAACGUCAUACCCGAACCCAACAACAACAAAAACAACAAUCCCCGUACAUGGACCGUAGCGUCGACAUGAAUGAACUACUAACCUCAAUCGCACAAACCCAAAACAUCGAACAACUCUACUCCAUAUUGUCCCCUUACAAUGGCAGACAACUUUCAAUUCGUUUCAUGAUUUCAAUUCUCUCCCGCGAACCCGAUUGGCAACGCUCCCUCGCAAUUCUCGAUUGGAUGAACGAAAUAGCUCAAUAUUCACCUUCCCUUAACGUUUACAAUGUUGUUAUUCGCAAUGUACUUCGUGCGAAACAAUGGCAACUUGCACAUGGACUGUUCGACGAAAUGCUUCAAAAGGGUCUUUCACCUGAUAAGUACACUUACUCAACGCUCAUUACACAUUUCAGUAAACAAGGUUUGUUUGAUUCUUCUUUCUUUUGGCUGCAACAAAUGGAACGUGAUAAUGUUUCCGGUGACCUUGUUUUGUAUAGUAAUUUGAUUGAGCUUUCUCGGAAGUUGUGUGAUUAUUCCAAGGCAAUUUCCAUUUUUAAUGCGUUGAAAGGUUCCGGUAAUAUUGUACCUGAUCUUAUUGCUUGUAAUAUGAUGAUUAGUGUGUAUGGUAAGGCUAAGCUUUUUCGUGAGGCUCGGCUUCUUCUUCAGGAGAUGAGAGAUAAUGGUGUUAACCCGAGUACCGCUAGUUACUCGACACUUCUUGCGAUUUAUGUUGAUAAUCAGAAGUUUGUUGAGGCGGUUUCUUUGUUUUCUGAAAUGAACGAAGUUGAAUGUCCGAUUGAUCUUACUACAUGUAAUAUUAUGAUUGAUGUUUAUGGUCAGCUUCAGAUGAUCAAGGAAGCUGAUUGCUUCUUUUGGGGCAUGAGGAAAAUGGGAAUUGAACCUAAUGUGGUUAGUUACAACACUGUCUUGAGGGUUUAUGGAGAGGCUGGGUUAUUUGGUGAAGCUGUUCACCUUUUCAGUUUGAUGCAAAUGAAAGGUGUACCGCAGAAUGUUGUGACCUACAACACCAUGAUUAGUAUUUAUGGCAAAUCUCUUGAGCAUGAUAAGGCAACGAAUCUCAUUCAAGAAAUGCAGAGUAGAGGUAUUCAACCAAAUGCUAUCACUUAUUCAACCAUAAUAUCUAUAUGGGAAAAGGCAGGGAAGUUGGACAGGGCAGCGAUGCUUUUUCACAAGUUAAGGACUUCUGGAGUUAAAAUUGAUGAGAUUCUUUAUCAGACAAUGAUUGUGGCCUAUCAGAAGGCUGGUUUAGUUGCUCAUGCUAAAAGACUACUUAAUGAGCUCAAGCAACCAGAUAAUGUUUCCAGGGAAACGGCAAUCACAAUACUUGCUAGAGCCGGUAAAGUUGACGAGGCUAUGUGGGUUUUCCGGCAGGCUUUUGAUGCUGGAGAAGUGAAAGAUAUAUCUGUAUUUGGGUGCAUCAUUGAUAUUUUCUCCAGGGAGAGAAAGUAUGCUCAUGUGGUUGAAGUGUUUGAGAAGAUGAGAGAGGUUGGACAUUUUCCUGAUUCUAAUGUUAUUGCUCUUGUGCUGAAUGCUUUUGGAAAGCUGCGCAAGUUUGAGAGAGCAGAUGCUUUGUAUAAACAGAUGUAUGAAGAGGGGUGUGUUUUCCCAGACGAAGUUCAUUUUCAGAUGCUCGGUCUAUAUGGUGCGAGAAUGGAUUUCAAUAUGGUGGAAUCAUUGUUUGAGAAGCUAGAUUCCCAUCCUAAUAUCAACAAGAAGGAGUUGCAUUUUGUUGUUGCCAAUAUUUAUGAAAGAGCAGAUAGAUUUAACGAUGCUUCACGAAUCAUGAACAGGAUGAAUCACAAAGCAAUAAGAAGUCAUGGUAAUGCUUAGAGCAUAGAAAUAUGAAUCCGCCUUUCCCUUUGUAACUUGUGUUGAUUGACAUUCUUUCGCUACCAAUCAUAUCCAUAAACAUCGUAUUCAGAAAAUCUCUCUUAUUCCCAAGUAAUAAGUGUCUAAUUUUCUCUUGUAUAUAUUGUAUCGAGCAACAACAACACACAUUCUGAAUAGCAUCAUCCCUGUAAUUAAUCAUUACAGUUUUAUAUAUUCAGGUUUAUGAGCACUAUACUCUUUUUGUCAAGCCCCUUAUGCCUCUUUACAGAAAACGGAGCCACUUUUUCAUCAAUAUGAUAGCUGUGUAUCUGCUGAGAGUUUCAAUGGUGAAUCGAAUUUGAAAUUCAA